AUGAGUGAUUCAAUAGUAGAACAGAUUCCAUCAUUUGUUGCUGAUUAUUCAUCUCAAUAUGGUUCUUAUACAGCUCAAAGUUAUGCCAUAAGAAACAUAUGUAAACAGCCCUCCAUCUAUCCCUUGUAUGGGGAUUCAACUCAAGCAUUGGUUUUUCGUACAUAUGGUCCAUGGUGGAUAAAUAUGCCAUCGUAUAGAGAAACAAAAAAGCACUUUAAACGUUGGGAAAAUGAGUUUACGAGCCGAGAUUUUAUUGAUAUUCUAUAUUCGAAUUUAGUUUAUCAAUGCAUAAGUGUAGACAUUUAUGAAACAUAUAAUCCCGGUUCACUUCAAGUUGUUUAUGCUGGAAAAGAAGAACAAGAUGAAAGUAUUAGUUGGCAUCGAGUAUGGAAAUUUCCUGAACCGUUUAGUAUUAUUCUGAGAAAUGAUCAACAAAUUUUUAUUGAGAAUGGUCGCCAACAAAUAAGUGACAUAUUUCCGAAUAACAUUAAUGCCACAACCUCGGCGCUUCGAUCAUUGCAUUUAAAUACGGACCAUGAGCAAGUAUCAAAGAUUUAUACUCUACAUCCAUAUCCACCGGCGGCUCGUAUGCCUCGCAUCGUUAAAAUUCCAUUGAAAAAUAAAGUCCCAUUUCCAACGCGACAUAUUCGCUUGGAAUUCGAUCAUUCCACGACUAAUUAUUAUAUAGAAAUUGAUACAAUUAAAUUAUGUGGUGAUUUACUAAAUACAAAUCAAUCUGCACCAGCACAAACAAUUCAAACGCAAGAGGAAAAUCGUGAAGGCGAUUCUCAAAAUUCUUUAGCAUCACUUCCUUUUGAUUUACUUUUUCUUAUCGUUUCUUAUCUCGAUCUACGCUCAUUAAUGCAGUUGUCCUCAACAUGCCGGAAUUUUCGCGAACUAUGCCUUGAUCCACUACAAUUCCAUGCUCUGAAUUUGAAACCUUAUUGGAAUGGAAUUACGAAUGAUGCGAUUCAGAAAUUUUUUCUCGAUCAUUGUGUUAAAACACGAUAUCUUUCAUUAGCAUGGACAAAAUCCAUUGCAUAUGAAUCAUUCAAUCAGUUAUUAAUUACAUGCUCACAUAAUCUUGCUCAACUUGAUCUUGGCUGUUGUUCAUAUUUAAAAGGAGAAUACAUUCAAGUGAUCGGUGAUUGUUGUCCAAAUAUAGAAAUUUUAAAUCUAGAGAAUUGUUCAACAUUGCAAAAUCAAGAUUUUUUACCAUUAAGAAGUCUUCAUCGUAUUCGAUCAUUGAAUGUCUACCGAACGAGAAUCGACUACCAAACUUUAUUACCACUAAUCGACAGUAAUAAAGAACAUUUAGAACAUAUCAAUUUAGGUAGUUGUCAAAACUUAAUUGAUACUGUCGGCAUUGUUAAAUUACUGUUUGCUCGCUGCUCUAAUCUUCGUUCGCUUGAUCUUUGGCGUGUAGCUAUUGUGCCACAGAGUGAAUUUUUAUCAAUGGUCGGCUUACCAUAUGAUAGUUAUGAAGAAGAGCGACGAAUUGCAAAUCUAAGGGAACACAUUCGAGAACAAUUAGCCAUCGUUUAUUCUCUCGUUAACAUGCCAGUGCAAAUAACUUCAAUGACACAUAUGGUUCAUUUAAGUGAAAUUGACAUUGGCUGGACUGAUCCACCACCUGGGUUUAUUAAAAGGUUAGUUCAACAAGCUGGUCAUUCUUUAAUUAAAAUAUUUCUCACCGCUUGUAGGCGUAUCAGCAACGAAGAUAUAGUUGCAGUAAGUGAGAAUUGCCUUCAAUUACGUCAACUUGAUGUACUUGGCUCGAGGGUUAUUCAAGAAGCAAGCAUUGAAUGUAUACUUAAACGUUGUGUACAUAUUGAAUUUGUUGAUAUAUCAUUUUGUUCGGAAAUUUCGGACGAAGCAAUUUCGAUAUGGAUAGGCCGAUAUAAAAAUUGUUUUAAACGAAGCUAUCAACCCAUCACUAACGAUGAUAUUUAUUCAGAAUUUUAUUAA